AUGGAAACUGACUUGGCUUUCUUUCUUGGAUACGUGUCGAUGAUGGUAUUGGCUACUCGAUUCAGAUACGUCUUGUCGAUGAAGAAACUGCUCCACCUAACCUAUCGGUUGUUCUACGGCAGUCUUCUCUGCAAGGCAGUGUCUCUCCUACUUCUAAACAUCCAUUUAUCGAGGUUUGCCCGGACUGGACUUGAAAUAACUAAGGUUCAAGACAUGGCUGAGAUUCUCUCGUGGCUGUCUACGAUUCUCUUUGUGAGUCUUCUGCUGCUUGUAUCGAAGGGGUUUUCUAUCACUCGAGCUCGGAUCAGCCUUCUGGGCACAGUGAAGAUGAUAGUGUUUGGGUUGGUGUACGUGGCAGCAUACACUGUGGUCUUCCUUAACCAACGUGUGCUCCUUGACCCCCAAGACAUCAUCGCUAGUAUGACGUCAGUAUCUGCAGCUGGUUUGAUCGGUAUUAAGUUCACUGGUAAGGGAUAG